AUGAUCGCCAAGCCCCGCGUGUACGUGGGGGACGAGGAGCGGCGACGCAAGCAGCGCGACCUCAAGCGCAGGUACCGCGAGCGCCGCAAAGCCAUGCAGCAGCAGGUCGCGCAGCUCGAGGCGCGCUACGACGCGCUGCUGAGCGCCCAGCAGCAGACGGCCGUGACCUCGCGCCGCGCGCCCUCCCCGCUCGAGCAGCAGUACGCGGCGGCUACCAACGAGCUCAACUCGCUGCGGCGCCAGAUCGCGACCACCAAACAGAAGCUGGCCGAGUUCGACGGCUUCGCGUCGUCCCUCGAGGUCUACCUCACCGACUUCGACGCGCCGUCCGCCAUCACGGCGGCGUCGCUGGCGGCGGCGGGCGCGGCCAAGAGCUCGCUGCUCAUGGCGCCGUCGCUGCCCGGGCCGGCGCCCGCGGCCGAGCCGCACCCGCGCCUGACCGAGCGCGAGUGCCAGGAGAUGAUCAAGCAGUGCUACUACGAGAUCUUCGACCGGCGGUUCCGCGGCAAGUGCCUGAGCUCGGGCAUGCACAUGCUCGGCUGGGAGGACCAAAUGUUCUUGGACGGCACGACGCUGCAGUUCUCCAUGUCCAAGCGCAUCACGGGCAUGUCGGCCAACACGCUCAUGCAGAAGACGUGGGACAUCGUCACCACGGAGCAGCACAUGCGCACGAUCCAGUACUCGACGCUCGGCAUCAAGGUCCUGCACAAGAUCAACGACGACACGCUCGUGAUCCAGCGCUGCGUGCACCACCCGCAGCUCAAGACGGUCAACUGGAACAACAUGGUCAUGUUCCGCCUGCGCAGCCCUCGCGGCUACGUCGUGGCCUACCAGACGAUCAACCAUCCAGCGUACGCCGAGGGCUACACCGAGUACUUCACGGGCCACGAAGACAUCGUGGCGGAGGACCUGCAGCCCAAGUUCUCGCGCGUCAACACGCUGCAGUGGUUCCUCUUCGAAGAAGACGACAACCUCGACUUCGACAUCGACAGCGGCGGCUCGGACCUCGAGCUGCUCGGCUCUAGCGACAGCGAGGACUCGUCGUCGAGUGUCAAGAAGGAGGUGCUGAGGCGGGGGAGAAGGGGGCUUGCACCACCACCGACGCAGCCCCAGCCAAACCCCCCUCAACCACAACGUGCCGGCGGAGUGAAGGUCUCGUUUGCGGGCAAAGUGGACAACCGAGACCCGUCGUACGCGCAGUUUUACAUGUUCGAGGUGCUCACGUACAUCAUCCGCUGGGAGAACGCCGUGGGCUCCGCGCGGCUCACGUUUUGA